AUGGGUCUCAUCAACUUUGUCCUCAAGGCGGCCAUCCUCCUUCUCGAUCUUCGUGACACCUACGAUGCCUUUGACGCGGUCAAGCUCGAGGAGAUCGGAUGCAGCGAGCGCAAAGUGCUCGUCCGAAACGCCGAGGAUGGCACCAAACAGAUGACCUCUCGAAAGCGCGUAGGGACCGCCAAACGCAAAGCAGCCGUCAAAUCUGCGCUCACCACGGUACUACUGUGGAACCUCUUCAACAAGGUGGAGCCGCUCUGCGAUCGGACUAUCGCCUGGUUUGUGCCCUUCUACGACUCGUUCAAGACGCUUUUCCUCAUAUGGAUGCUCUUCACCAGAAGCUACGGGGCUUCCAUCCUCAUCUAUCGCGUCUUGACUCCCAUCGUCAAGCCAUACGAGCCCAUCAUUGAUGCUGCCUUCGAGCUAUCAGUGGCACUGUUCGGCUAUAUGGCUGCACUCCUCGCCCCUUUCGCCGCUCAGUGCGCCGCAUUUGCCCACACGGCCAAGAGCAUCACAGGUCUGACUGCUGUGUCAGCAGGGAACGACCCAGUGCCGGUAGUUGCAAAAGUGCGAUCUGUCGGAGAGAACGGGCUCAAACGCGAGGCAUCGUCGACAUCGAUAGCAGCGCAGAGCGACAGGAAGCCGCCGCCACCGUCUGCCCCUCCGUCGAGCUCGAUUAAAGCAUCGCCAGCUUCUGCCACAACCGCUCCGAGAGAUACUGUUCCGAGGCCACAGUCACGCGUCGGAACAACAAAAGUACGUCAAGGACUUGCUGCGAAGUCGUCACAGAGCAACCUCGCCGCAACACGUCGUGUCCUGCAGGAGCUUCCAGUGCCUCGGCAUGCAUUCGACUCGACCCCGCCCAAAGUGUCCGCGCCGGCGGCAAAUACGCCAUCCUUUACCGAAGAUGCACCUCGCUUCAGUGCCGUCACGACUGCCCCUUCUCACGAUAGCAUUGUGAGCGACGUCAAGCCAGAGCCGACAGAGCCGACCUUUGUACCUCCAGCUGCGACACUCGGGCCACCUCCAACACCGCCGUCCGGGCUUCAGAACUAUGCAUUUAUUCCCGGACUGACACCCCAGCGAGCUGGCCCAGCUUCACUGAUCUCACCGACACCGCGCUUCCCUGGCGGCUUCGCCUUCUCAGCCGCAAAGGGUCAGGCGUCUGCCUCCACCAAUCUCAACCCCUUCCAAGCGCAAGCCAGAGUGCCACUCACGGCUCAGAUGGCACCGCUAUCCCUCGCGCCGCAAACAGCACUGCAGCCGACAUUGCCGAACGGUUUGACAAACAGCAUCGCGACGCACGAAAGCGUUGCUUCAGCCAAUGAUGAUCGAAUCGUGCCUCCACCCAGUGCAGUUGCCAGCGUUCGCAAAGUGUCGUCUUCGCGGUCACUCAAGAGCAAAGCGUCGGCUCAGGCAGCAGACAGAGUCACGAAGACUCUGAAUGGCAAGAAGCGCGCUCAUCCUGACGAGAACGCCGAUGGCAAAGGCGAUGAAGCAGCCAAGUCGGAUCCUCGGACAAAGCGAAUUAAGUCUGCGAACGGAAAGGCCACGGGCGGCAAGACGGGGGAAAUGGGAGCGCCGAAGUCUCCAUCUUCCUCGUCGGCCGCAUCCAAUAUACCCGUCCCACCACCUCCUGGAUCCGCUGCCGCAGCCGCUCUCGCUCGACAGCAGCAGGCACAAGCACAGCAAAAUGGAGAAGCAUUGGCAUCAAGCAACGACGCAGGGUCCGACGCCAUCGCAGCGGCUGCUUCUCCGAUAGCCAACGGAUCGGCUCCAAGGACACGGCAGAGCUCGCCUGCACCCGUCGCAUCCACAUCGUCGCCGGUGAAGCGCAAGUCACGCUCAUCUCGCAUUGAUGGCAGUGGCGCUGCCGCUUCCUCUGCCGGGUCGUCUUCCUCCAAGCGACCCAAAGGACUGAUCGCCAAACUCACGAGCACUGCCGAGAAGUAUACCCCACCUGCCACUCGUCUCGCAGAUCUCGGCGGCAUCUCGCAAGCCAUCGAAAAGAUUCUAGAGCUUAUAGCUAUGCCUCUCUGCCAUCCAGAGAUCUAUGCUCAUACUGGUGUCAAGCCACCUCGAGGUGUACUGUUGCACGGUCCGCCGGGUUGCGGUAAGACCAUGCUGGCCGGCGCUGUCGCCGGAGAGCUCGGCGUGCCAUUCCUUUCCAUCUCGGCUCCUUCAGUCGUCUCUGGAACAUCAGGAGAGUCAGAAAAGACGAUCCGCGAUACCUUCGACGAGGCUGCCUCCAUUGCGCCAUGCAUCCUCUUCAUCGACGAGAUCGAUGCCAUCACACCAAAGCGAGAGACAGCGCAGCGAGAGAUGGAGAGGCGUAUCGUAGCGCAGCUUCUCACAUCUCUGGACGACCUCAGUUGGGAGAAGACCGAUGGAAAGCCAGUCAUGAUCAUCGGAGCCACCAACCGACCAGACAGUCUCGAUCCAGCACUAAGACGAGCAGGACGAUUCGACCACGAGAUUGCCAUGGGUGUCCCUGACGAAGACGGACGCGAACAAAUCCUACGAGUGCUUGCCCAGAAGCUUCGUCUGGCCGGCGACUUUGACUUCCGCGCUCUGGCCAAGUCAACUCCAGGUUACGUUGGAGCUGAUCUGACAGCGCUCACUUCGGCAGCAGGUAUCAUCGCAGUCAAGCGUAUCUUUCAGCAGCUCAGCGAGUCCGACUCGCUCCCGUCGAGCCUGUCUGCGGAACGAAUCUCACAAGCGAUUGGCCUACACACCGAGGAGGUUCGACCAGACGCUGCGGCGACAGGCGAUGUCGAGAUGAGCGACAGCGACGUGGCGGCUACAUCCGGUGCUGGAGAAGGAGCUGAGGCAAACGAUGCGUUAGUCACCGCCAGCAUCGACGCUUCAGGCCCACCAACCGAUGCGGCAACGCCUGCAGCCGAUGGCACGCAGACUCCAGUAAUCGCGCCAGCUGCCCAAUCGAACGUCCGUCCAUCGGCCACCUUCUUCGAUGCGCUUCCGGAGCACAUCCGCGACUCGUCCAUCGCAUCUUUCCUCAAGAACCAUCCCUCGCCUCUUACCGACGCGCAGCUCGAGCCUCUUGCCAUCACCAAUGCGGACUUCCUCGUUGCUUUGCCUUCUCUGCAGCCCUCGUCCAAGCGAGAAGGCUUCGCCACAGUACCCGACGUAUCGUGGGCCGAUGUCGGCGCCCUUCACUCGACACGCGACGAGCUGGCCAUGGCCAUCGUAGAGCCCAUCAAGCGACCCGAGCUGUUCCGCUCCGUCGGCGUCUCUGCUUCCUCCGGCGUCCUUCUCUGGGGUCCUCCCGGAUGUGGUAAGACGCUCCUCGCCAAAGCGGUCGCCAACGAGUCCCGCGCCAACUUCAUCUCUGUCAAAGGUCCCGAGCUGCUCAACAAGUAUGUCGGAGAAUCCGAGAAGGCAGUGCGUCAGGUGUUUGCGCGCGCACGAACAUCCUCGCCGUGCGUCAUCUUCUUCGACGAGCUCGACGCGCUGGUGCCUCGCCGUGACGAUUCGCUGUCGGAAAGCUCAAGCAGAGUGGUCAACACGCUACUCACCGAGCUGGACGGGUUGGAGUCGCGCGUCCAGACGUACGUCAUCGCUGCCACCAACCGACCGGACAUGAUCGAUCCGGCCAUGUGUCGACCCGGUCGGCUGGACAAGCUGCUGUACGUUGAUCUACCGAAGCCUGACGAGCGACUGGAGAUCUUGAGGACGAUUACGAGCAAGACGCCGUUGAGCGGCGAGGUCGACCUGCAGACCAUCGCGUACGAUGCAAGGCUCGAAGGCUUUUCGGGUGCGGAUCUGGCGGCGCUGGUGCGCGAAGCUGCCGUGCUGGCGCUCAGAGAGACGAUUCUGUUCCACAACUCUCAGCCUGCCACGACGAUGGCGCAGGUGAAGAAGGGGAGGAAGGAGGUGGAGGGCGUCAAGGUGAUCGUCGAGCAGUCGCAUUUUGUGGCGGCGCUGUCGAAAAUCCAGCCCUCCGUGUCGGCACAGCAGCGACGCAAGUAUCUGUCGCUGCGACAGAAGUUGCAGGGCUCGGUGCCGAUCGACGGUGGAUCCACGGGCGAGAAGAGGCAGCGAGGUGGAGGCAGAUUCGAGGGCGAUGCGGACGAUGCAAGUACGCCUACGCCUGCGACGUGA